CACGUUGUGAAGACAGAUACUUUUAAUUUUAUAACACAUCGGACCGUUUUUUGAAAAAAAAGGAACGAUGUUCAGCAUCGUUCUUGGUCUUUAAAAGAAAUCAAACGACAAGUGUAAGAAGAAGAAACCAUUCCCCUCAAUUUACACGUUGAUAAACAAAUUAAAAUCACAAUUGUAUUAGUUUAAAGAGUGACUAUGAAGCUGUAGGAUAUUGUUUCUUUUGUCCUAUACAGAUUUGAACUCAUUCUUUGAGCUUUCAUGGUAAAUGUCUAAAUAUGGCACAGUGCAUGAAGACAUUUUUUGAUUGUGUGAUCAAGGAUUUCAAUCAAAAUGAGCUGCUGUCCACUAAACUGCUGUUUUUUAUUCACUCAUUAUCUACGCUGAUCCUUUAUCCAUUUUUGGUCGUUCAAAUGAAGCAUCUAGGGCUGGAUGUUCAAGAAACUGCGAUAAUAUCUUUUGUGACUCCCGUGGUGUCAAUUAUUCUACCAUUAUUGACAGGACGCAUUGCAGAAAAAAUUGGACAUAUUAAGUACCUACUAGCAGCAUCUUCAGUAGUAGCCGGAACUACAGCAUUGCUUUUACUUCUGGUUCCUGUAGGAAGAACUACAGUCAUGUUUCCUGAAAAUUUGAUUUUCAGUGUUUCCUGUGAGGGAGACUCAAUUCCGUACUUCUCUUUACACGGUGAAGAUAUGUGCAUUCUUCAUGAAAAUAAAAAAACUCUGGACAGUUUUUUUCAUCAGCAAUCCUGCGGUUUUGGUUGCCAGGCUUACCUGGAUCAGACCUACACUGACUAUGUUAUGAAUGUAUCCCGUUAUAAGGUGCUGCUUUAUGACGUUAUCGACAGCAAACCGAUGAUAUAUACAUUUCCAGUUGAACCUGAAAACAAAUCUGAGUUAAGGAUGGAAACACAACGAAACGUUUUAUUAAAAAACGAUCACCGAUAUUCAAAUACUAUAAUGAAGAUGUCCAAAAACUCAUUCUACUUUCCAACUAUGCAUAUGUUUAAUUUUACUUGUAACAUGAAGUAUGAGCCGAAGAUAGAAUGUAUAAUGGGAGGCAAUGAACAAUUCGUUGACUUUAAGAGACUAAAAAGAUUCUGGAACGCUAGACUAAAACUUCUUCCUCCAGAUAGCUAUGAUAUGGAGGAAGAUACGCAGACGUUCGAAUUUGAUUAUCUAAAUUCCACAAAACAGAAAAAGUUCGUAUGUAAGAGAAAUGAGUUGAUGAAUAGUAAACUUGUAAGUGUAAGUAUCAAUGUAGACCUACCUCAUUCUCCCAUUAAACAUCUGGAUAUAGGAAGCUGCUCUCUUAGAUGCUUGGUUACUACUCGCAGAGACAACGUGUGUGUAAAUCCUGCUUAUCAGGUGGAGAAGAAUGUGUCACUCACUUUUUGGUCUUAUUUGGGUAUUCGUGUUGUUCUAGAUGUUAUUAAUAGUGCUAGUAUUAUUAUGUUUGAAGCUAUCGUAAGAGAACAAAACGAUGAUUAUGGAUUGAAAAGAGUCUACGUAAUGAUUGGAGGAAUGAUAUGCUCUCCGUUUUCUGGAUGGAUGGUUGAUUACGCUAGCCUUGGAAAAAAUUACCACGACUUUCGACCAGUAUUUGUUUUUUACGCUUUACUGAAGAUAGUUACUGGUAUUCUAAUAUUCAUUAUUGACAUAGAAUUUAAGAAGGAAGCUUUAAGUAUAAUAAAAGAAGUGAAAACUAUAUUGAGGGACAAAGAAUUGCUUGUUCUCUUCUUAACAUGUGCAACUUCAGGUUUUGUAGGAGGUUUCAUCGAAAUCUUCUUAUUUUGGUUUAUGGAUGAUAUGGAAUCAAGCAUAUUCCUUAUGGGCCUUACUGUAACUGUAAGUUGUAUCAUUGGAAUUCCUUUGGCCACUAUAUCAGGAUCAAUUAUCAAAAAAAUGGGACACGCAAAUACUAUUUUCAUUAUUGUCAUCGUUUUCUGCUGCUUCAGCGUACGCCUACUAGGAUAUUCACUUAUUUACGAUCCUUGGUGGUGUUUGCCUUUCGAAGUUAUAGAACCCAUUACGUUUAUGUUGAUGUCUGCUGUUAGUAUCAGUUAUGCUACAAAGUUAUCGACAGUUAAAACAGACUACAUUAUCCAAGGAGGAUUACAUUAUGGAUUAGGCAAGUGUUUAGGGAUCAUAAUUGGAGGACAUCUUAUAAAAGCCAUAGGAAUUCGACAAGCUUUCCAGACAUUUGCUACAGUAGCUUUAUUGUCGGGAAUUGUAUACGUUGCGGUUCACCAUUCCUACCUUAAACAACCUGUGAACCUGAAAGCCUAUGGAACUGAUGCCGAUUCUUCUUCUAUCUUCGAAGGUGUUACAUGUAAUUCAGUGAUUGACCUAACAGAAUCAGAAGACGAACAAGAGGACCUUAAGGACUAAUUUGAGAAGACUGUUUUAAUUAUAGUAAUAAUUUUAUGAGGGUGUUUGUCAUUAAUACCAAACAGCCAUUUUCAAAGUCUUUCACAGUCUUUUCAAAGUAUUUGUGUCUGAUUCUUCUAGGAAAUCUAGUGAGGAAAAUCUUAGACAUUCAUUGGACUAAUUAAACGAUAGCAUUUUUCUAUUUUAUAUUUUAUAUCGAUCUCAGCCAAUCUAUUGUAAUAUAAUAUAGUGGGAAGAUGAAA